AUCUUUUGCUCUGCGCUUGCCCAGCUUCUCGAGGCGGCGAGAUCUCGACCUUCCUCCCGAUCCCCGCGCGAUUCGUCUCUUGACUCGGCCGACGGAGAAACCAUGGCCCCGGUCUCGGCCCUCGCCAAGUACAAGCUCGUCUUCCUCGGAGACCAGUCCGUGGGCAAGACCAGCAUCAUCACCCGUUUCAUGUACGACAAGUUCGACAACACGUACCAGGCCACUAUCGGUAUUGAUUUCUUAUCAAAGACAAUGUACUUGGAAGAUCGAACUGUGCGGUUGCAGCUCUGGGAUACUGCUGGACAAGAAAGGUUUCGGAGUCUGAUACCAAGUUACAUAAGGGAUUCUUCCGUAGCAGUCAUUGUUUAUGAUGUUGCAAGCCGACAAUCAUUCCUCAAUACUUCCAAAUGGAUUGAGGAGGUUCGCACUGAAAGGGGAAGUGAUGUUAUCAUUGUACUCGUUGGAAACAAAACCGAUCUAGUGGAUAAAAGGCAAGUAUCAAUAGAAGAGGGAGAAGCCAAAGCUCGUGAGUUGAAUGUUAUGUUCAUUGAAACUAGUGCAAAAGGCGGUUUUAACAUAAAGGCUUUGUUCCGUAAGAUUGCAGCCGCCUUGCCAGGAAUGGAGACACUUUCUUCAACAAAGCAAGAAGACAUGGUUGACGUCAAUCUUAAGUCUACCAACCAAAAUGCGUCUCAGUCACAACAGCAGUCUGGUGGAUGUGCCUGUUGAUAGAUUCGUGCUUGAGCAUGUCAUCUUUGCUGAACAUCGUCUCGAUAUAUGCUUCCUUUAUCAUUUUGAAGUGUCUUGUAAGUUUAUAUUCUGGUUUCCUUUUCGUAGCAUGGAGAUUUUGGUCGGUUUGUUUUUGCUUAUCCUCAUACAUAGGAUUUGUCUGACUAGCCUUUUAGGUACCAAUGUUGUGAACUCAGAAUGACUCAGACUAGUACUAGUAUUGUGAUAUAAUUGAAGUCUAUGUGUUUCCAUUCUCAUAGUGGAAGAAAGAACCUUACCGAUAGAGUCAGGAUUACUCGGUCUCUUUGCAUUUAUGUUGAGGAUUAUAGAGAGCUGCAAUUGUGAAUA